GUUACUUACACAGAAAUGGCUCAGCGACUGAAUUUGGUAGUAAGCCGUCAUUUCUCUAAAUUAACCUCGCUAAACAGUACAAGGAAGCUGGCUGAAAAUGUGUCAUCUAAACCCAAAACGGCCAGUGGUUCAGAGAUAACGGCUGAUCAUUUACUCUACACACCAGAGCAUUUUGCGUUGAAGGAAUCUCUUAAAAAGAUCAUCGACCAGGAUAUCAACCCCUAUGUGGACCAAUGGGAGGCAGAGGGGAUAUUUCCUGCCCACAAAGUCUUCAAGCUCUUGGGAAAUGCUGGAUUUCUGGGUGUCAACAAGCCAGUUGAGUAUGGAGGCCUGGGUCUGGACUUCAGCUACAGUAUAGCCGUGUCAGAGGAGCUGGGUAACAUCCACUGUGGAGGCAUCCCCAUGGCCAUCGGAGUCCAGACUGAUAUGGCCACACCUGCCCUGGCCAGGUUUGGCUCUACAGAGCUGAAGAAGGAGUUUCUGCUGCCCUCCAUAAUGGGAGACAAAGUGGCCUGUCUGGGAGUGAGUGAAGUCGGAGCCGGCUCAGAUGUUGCUACCAUCAAGACGAACGCGGUGCGUGAAGGGGAUGAGUAUGUGGUGAACGGUGGUAAGAUGUGGACCACUAACGGCACCCAGGCUGACUGGAUGUGUCUCCUGGCCAACACCAGUGACGGUCCGUCUCACAAGAACAAGUCCCUCAUCUGUCUGCCUAUGAACUCUCCUGGGGUUCACAUCGCCCGCAAGAUCGACAAGAUGGGGAUGUGGUCUUCUGACACAGCAGAGGUCUUCUUCGAUGACGUGCGCGUGCCUUGCAAGAACCUCAUUGGUCAGGAGGGGAUGGGCUUCACUUAUCAAAUGCUUCAAUUCCAGGAAGAGAGACUUUGGGCAUGUGGCAACAUUCUAACCAUGAUGGACAACAUCAUCCAGGAGACCAUUCAGUACACCAGACAGAGGAAGAUCUUCAAGAUGCCUGUUCUCUACCACCAGUCAGUCCACUUCAGACUGGCUGAGCUGGAGACAGAGAUCGAGCUGCUGCGUUCCCUCCUCCAUCGCUCCACAGCUCUGUACAUCAAGGGCAACGAUGUGACUAAGCUGGCGUCCAUGGCUAAGCUGAAGGCAGGCCGUCUAUCCAGGGAGGUGGGGGACAGCUGCCUGCAGUACUGGGGAGGGAUGGGCUUCACCAGCGAUGUCCUGGUCAGCAGGUUUUACAGAGACGCCAGGUUACUGUCCAUUGGAGGAGGCGCUGAUGAGGUCAUGCUGUCGAUCAUAUGCAAGUACAUGGACACCCUACCCAAGAAGUGAUGUCACAGUGCCAGUAUGGCUUUCCCUUGUGCUGCACCUCAAUCCAGUCCAUGAAGGGGAGUGCCAGAAGGAACAAAACCAUUUUCUGGAAUUUAAUGAACACAUCAGAAUUGCAGUUUAAGAUUUUAAUUUGUUAAUCAAUUUAACCGCUGUGUUGCACUUACCUUAUGAAAAUGCAUGUACUGUAUUACAGGGCCAGUCAGGAAUGUUUUUCAAAUAGUGCCUCCAUGUUUCCAUUCUGGGGAAACAUGCCUAAGAUUUCGUUCCAUUAAUUUCUUUAUGACAAUUGAAAACUGCGGUCCUAGAGUAGUUGUGAAUUUGUUUGUGUAUUGUGGAGAGGAUUUGUAAUCAAUGUCUAAGAUCAAGUUUUUGUAGAUAGUCUUAGGAAUACAAUGAAUAGUAUGUCCCGUGGUGUAAAAUAAAUGAAGCUCUAUAUACCUCAA